AUGGUGACCACGGCACCUACUUCGCCCAACAAGGAUGGGCCCGAGGCUCCCUUCUCUGGUAGCGAUCGUGACACGCUGCCAACCUUUGAUGAGUGUCUUGCGCAGUCGCUUGGAAGUAUCGAUUCCAUCACUGCCAACGUGGCAAGCUCCGGACCGAAGGGUAGCAGCACUGAGGCGCCUAACAUUGGUGCCCUGAUCCAAAUGCUGGGCGACUUGCCACUCAGAGUCGACGCCCAAGACGUACCAUGUUCGACCAUCCCAAACCCGGAAACUUCUUCCAAGGCCAAGGGAGAGAUACCAUCAGUUGGUGCUCUGCUUGACACGCCGCCAAAGUCACCCUCCAAGCUCAUCGAAGAAUCCUGCCGCUCAGAAAAUCUACCGGAGUCGCCAGUGAUUCUAACGCCACCUCCAAGAUCGCCCCGGCGACCCGUGCCGACGCCCUUGGAGAUCAAUAACCCUGCGGCCUGGCGAAGCCCAUCACAGUGGAAGGAUCACGAUGCAAGGCAGACCAGGAGGGCCGCUAGAAAUGUCUCAAAGAAGGUCGCAAAAAAAGAAAAGGUGAUCAUGACGGAGGCAUUUGCCGUUCCCAACGGGAUGACUGGUGCUCGAUGCGCCGCAGGGGCACCAACUGCUAUGAUCUUGGCAAAGGUCAAGAAGGUUUUCGCAUCCAGGUCUGAUGAGGACCAGGAAGUUGGAACAGAGAAUUCCAAACAACAUUGGAUGCUUUCUCUUCUUCAUGGUCUUGGCUAUAUAGCAGACCAUGACGAAGACUGCCACAACACGUCCCUUCCCGCCACAGCGCUGGUUAUGCUGCUCUACGAGCCAAAAGCUUAUGCAACGUACAUCAGUGCUGUUCACCCAGAGACACAGGUGUAUCACCUGAACCGGGAGAGCUCUGUGGUCAGCUGGUCGAGCAACGUCCAACGCAUCCCAGCACCACCGGUAGAGUCGACGCGCUUCCCCAUGGCACUGGGCCUAUUCCAGACAGUAUAUUCGUUCUCACUGCCGUCUGGAUGCCCGUACCAUGUGCUCCCCAACGUGCUGAGUUGUGUGCAUAAGUGCCUGAAGUUGGGCGGAUCCUUCAAGCUCACAAUUAUCGAUCCGCUACCGUAUGCCGAAACGCUUGGCCACAGACUCCGGUUUUGGAUGGAAAGGCACCUUUUCCCCAACCUGGAGCGCAACUCGCGCUGUCUGGAGCCUAGCAGGCUGUUCCCGAAACUGCUGGGCGACGCCGGCCUUCGGGGCAAGGGGAGCCGCCGCACAAAGGUCAAGUUCUUCGCCUUGCAGGAGAACGCGCGCGGCCUCGACGUCCAUCGCGACCCGGACCCCAGCAUCGAGAGGAUGUACCAGGAGCAGCGCGACAAGGCAGAGCUGCGCAGCCUGGUCGGGCGCAUGUUUUGGAUGGAAGUCUGGGGCCCGUACGUCACACCAGGCAGCACCUGGUGGUGGGAUGACCCAUCGUGCGUGGAGGAAUGCCUGGAGCUUGGUACCUUUUGGGAGUACCACGUUAUCGACUCCGUCAAGUUCGAGCAGAAUGUUGUCUGA